AUGGAAAAAUUCAUUAUCUGUGUUCUUAUAUUGCUGAUGAAUUUACUCACUUCAGAACUCAGAGUAGUAGAAUCUGCUGUUUGGCAAGAAGCUCAUGCAACUUUCUAUGGUGGAAGUGAUGCCUCAGGAACAAUGGGUGGUGCAUGUGGAUAUGGAAAUCUGAACAUAGAUGGAUAUGGAAUAAAAACAGCUGCAUUGAGUACUGCUUUGUUUAAUGAUGGCAAAUCAUGUGGUGGUUGUUAUCAGAUUGUUUGCGAUGCAAGAAAAGUCCCUCAAUGGUGUCUCAGAGGCACUUCCAUUACUAUUACUGCUACAAACUUUUGUCCACCAAACUUCGCACAACCAAAUGACAAUGGUGGUUGGUGUAAUCCCCCAAGACCACACUUUGACAUGUCUCAACCUGCCUUUGAGACUAUAGCCAAGUAUAGAGCCGGGAUCGUUCCCAUUUUGUAUAGAAGAGUUGGGUGCAAAAGAAGUGGAAACAUAAGAUUUACCAUAAAUGGGAGAGACUAUUUUGAGCUGGUGCUUAUAAGCAACAUAGGGGGAGGUGGAGAGAUAUCGAAAGUAUGGAUAAAAGGGUCAAAAAAGAAUAAAUGGGAAUCAAUGUCAAUGAAUUGGGGUGCUAAUUGGCAGAGUCUGAGUUAUCUAAAUGGUCAGAGUUUAUCAUUUAGAGUUCAACUCAAGAAUGGAAAGACUCGUACAGCUCUAAAUGUAGCACCUUCCAGUUGGAGCUUUGGCCAGUCUUUCAAAAGUAAUGUUCAGUUUUGA